AACCUGGCAAUAUCGUAUUUUCUCUGUUCUUAAUCAAACAAAUCGGGGGUUUUCAUAUAUUUAAUAAAAAGGAAUUGAAAAAAAAAACAAAACAAAACAAAAUACAAUUACAAAGGGCAUUAAUGGGUAAAUUUUUAUCAAUGAUACAAGAAAAAAAUAAGUAAAGCAUUAAAAUGGCGACAAUAGAGAAGUCCAAAACUAAAAAAACAAAGAAAACGAAAAUAGUUGGAUACCACGAUGCGAAAGGCAAUUUUAGAGAUGUCAAUGAAACCACUGAAAAUUGCGUCGCUCAACAAAUGCAGACAAAUGAAACUUUGGCAGAGGAAUUAGACGAUUUUGUGGAAUUAAACGGUGCGGCUAAAUCCUCGACUGAAAUUCAAGAAUGUUUUACAAUUACCGCUUGCAAAAACCAAGAUCAACGACAAGAUGAGUAUGAGAACAAAGAAGAUUCUGUUCAGGUUUCAUUGGAAACCAUAUCAUCUAAAAAGGGACAUGACAACGCUCAAUUGAAAAGUGGGCAAGGAUCAAUAGAAAAUCCUUUACCAUCGGCGCCAUUACCAGUGGAAUCGUACGAGCCAAUUCCCGCAGUCACCGUAACGCAAUAUCCCAAUUUAUUACCAUUGCAACAGCAUGAGGAAACACCUGUCAGUGAGGUGGUUUAUAAGCAACCUAAAGUUCGUAGCCCCGGAUUUCGAUUAGCGUUAAGCGAAUUGCAACCAUUUAAUUGCGAGCAAUUACGAGAACUGUAUUACUGCGCUGAAUUGCAACAAGUGCAACAAUUCGAAAUUGAAUUUCUAAACAAUUCUUUGCGAGAAACCUAUGAAUCGGAUCCAUUACAUGUUGCUUUGAAAACUUAUUAUCAAUUGCAAAGUAAAUUAACCAUGAAUAUACAUGACGUAAAUAAGUUUCGCGAAGAAGCGACAGAAGCUCAAAACCACAUAUGGUUAAAAGAAUCAGUAACAGAAACGUUUUCAGCCAAAUGUGAUGAUAACAUUGAACUUAAGGAGUCUGUUACAUACGAGAUAAUUAAAGUAAAUGAUAAAAAUUUGAAAGCAGCCACGGCAGCAUUGACAGUUUUAUUUGAUAUAAUAUCGGAUACAUAUACGACGAACCUGAUAACCGCCAAGAUAACGAAAUUGAAGAUUGAUCAAAUGAUCGAUGAAAUCAUCAGUUUCCCUUUGGAUACUAAUGAUAAUUUAAUGGGUCCCCUGAAACUGCAGCCAUUAUUAGACAAUGAUAGCUUACAAUGCCUAGCUAAAGUUCGUAGAGCUUUGUCGAUACUGUUCCAUUUUGCUAGGAAAUUGUCACCCAAUAAGAAUUUCUCUGAUAACUUAAUCCUUUGGAUAAGAAAAUUAGUAUCGAUACAUUUGCAUUUGGCAACUAAAGAAGAUUAUUGGUUUUUAAUAUUCAAUAUACUGAGAUGUCCAAGUGGUGUAGGUGCUUGGGCCUGCGAAUUUCUACAGGUACCAUGUCUCUUCGAAAAUAGUAAAAAACCUUUCGAUAGUGCAUAUGAAUUACCGUUAUCUAUUGAUUCUGCCGAGAUCAGCUUAUGCUUGUCGAUUUUAAAAAUCCUAUUAACACCUGUUAAAAGACGGAACGAUUACUUAAAGCAAUUUACGCAGUCUCAAAAGGAAGUAACUGAUCCUAUUCAGGAGGAACGUUGGAUAUUAAUCGAUUCCGAUGGCGAGGACGAGCAUACAUCGGCGGGAGAAUGUGUCGGUUUAAGAGAAAACGACUUAAUAGCUCUGUUAAAUCAAAUACCGUUUGAAGAGCUGUUCAGAUCAGUUUUAAUGAUACAAAAAUUCCUGAACGAUUACAUUAUACAAAUCGAUUUGAUUAGUUCGCAUCACUUAUUACGAAUUUUUGCCUUUUUUAAUCAGCUUGUUGAUUUAUUUGGCGAAGGUAUGCUUACUUAUAAUACCGAACGUUAUAAACAAUUGGCGAAACGUUUGGGCCGUUUGAUGCGGCACUCUUUGCAAUAUAUUUCGGAUUACCAUGAGCUCUUCAGAAACAAUAAUUUAUGGAAGGAUGCAAAGCUUUUGGAGAGACUAGCUUUAGAGUAUAAUGUCUUGCUAUUAAAAGCCUGUUCAUAUAUAUAUCGUACACGGAAUUUAUCGACAUGGCAAUAUUUUUCAUCUUUGCCAUUCACUAACAUGGAUAGCGACACAAUUUGGCAAAUUUUCUAUUACUUAAAUGUGGGAUUUCCUGAUGACUUUACAAAACCUGAGGACGACUAUAUGGCGUUGGUAACUUCAUCGGAUAUCUGGUCAAAGUUUAAUGUAGCCAAUGCUGAUUCUUCAGAUGAGGAUUUAUAUUAUUUGCUGCAAGCAUUUUUCGAAAUGGCUAACGAUCGCGAUAGAGUUAAGGAUUGGGAUUUAAUUAAAAUUAUUUUCUUUCAUAUAUUUCGAAUUGGUUUCAUUAAUCGUGAGACACGUGAUGGUUGCUAUAAGUCAGCCCGUGAUAUGUUAGUUAAUCUUUGUCUCUGUUAUGAAGAUUUAAUGUCGUAUUUAUUAACGCAGUUAAAAGUUUAUUAUCAAGAUACCGAAAAUGUUAUCUAUUUGUAUAAAUCGUUGCCUUUGGAAACAUGGAAACCCAGUUUAGAUUGUUUUGAAAUUCUUUCAAAUUGGUUGCUACAUUUUGAUCAUAAAUCUUCGGAAAAUCUUUUAGCUCGCAUUAUAAUAAGUCAUCUAAAUUGGGGUUUUGAUAGUGAUGAUCAACUAUUUUUACCUCACAAUAUACAUGUGCGCAUGGCCUGUCUGAUUAGCGAAGCUUUAACUGAACAUGCCCCCGAAGUAGUUGGAAUUUCGGGCAUAUCGGAAAGUGUACGUCAAAUGUCUAGUAUUAUUGAUUUCUCAAAACCUACAAAGGAACAAUUUAGUACUUGGUGCUGGAGUAUUGCCUCAAUGCUACGUUUACAUAUAAUGGAUCAAAAUUAUGAAACGAUUAAGAAAGUUCUACAAGAUCCCAACGAAUAUUUAACGUUUAUACUUGACUUGGAACGUAUUGAUUUAAUAUGUCAAGGUGUUAAUGAAAAUCGACCUUUGGCUAUAUAUGUGGCCAUCUUAGUAUCUUUGCAUGGUCAUUUCGUACCAUUAAUAUGUCAAAAGGGUUUUGAUCUUAUGCAACGUCUCCUCAGCGAUCAACGAUAUACUGCAGUUAUUAGAUGCUUGGAGUUGAUAACGCCAUUAUUCUUAGAAGUUCCAGAUAUACUGGCAAAUGCAGAGAGUUUUCAGAAAAUUUUAAACACUUUAUUGAACGCGGAUAGGACCUAUAUAAAAAUGACGAAAGACGUGAUAUAUCCUAAUAGUGUUGGGCCAGUUUUGGAAUUACUAGACAAUAUGAUUCAUCAUCAGAUAACUUCCUAUAUGAACUAUGGCCUUUCCACUCCCUUAAAUCUAAUAAAUUUGUGGCUUCAUUGUUUAACGUCUUUGCCUAAUUGGCAAAACACUUAUGUGGUUUAUCUAUUGGAUAAAAUUUUACGUAUAGCAUAUCAAUUUCCCGAUGCUUAUAAUCAGACAAUAGAAUAUUUUAGUAAUUACUACAAGGAUUGGACAGACUGGAAAGGCGCUAAUAGAGGAUUGAAGGGUUUUUUUAGUAGUAACAACUCGAAAUUGCCCCUUUUAUCACCAGAUCUGCCUUGGUUGGCUUUAGUUUUGUUGGAAAUUGAGUUUCGUACGCACGAUUCCCAUAUCUGGGAUGAAUUUUUAAGGCAAAUAUUUGCAGCUGGAACUAAGCCUAAUCUCGACGCGGUUUUAAAGAAAACUUUAAAUAUCGCAAAAAGACCCACAUAUUCAGCGCAAACAUUAUGUUUAUAUAAGUAUGCUAAUCUAUUGGCCGGUAUGGAUGUUAAACAUGCCUUAUAUCCCAUAAUUAAUCAGAAAUUUUUCGAAUUGUAUUUAUCUCGAGUACCUACACAUUAUGACGAGCAUAGUUUUCAGCAAACUCACGGAAUAGCUGAUAAAUUCUAUGACUUUAAUGUGUCGUUAAUGAAAAAACUUAAAAAUAAUUUGGAAGCCGCUGAAAAGUUUUAUGAAACAGAAGCUACAAAACAUAGAGACGACGGUUUUGUUUUCUACUGUACAAGUUGUGCGAAGAUUAUGCAUACAUACUGUUUAUGGUUAGUAGAUUCUACUAAAACGGUUAAUAAAAUGUCUAAAGAUCAAGAUCCUUCCAUCCGCAUUCCAACCCCAUUAAAUAAAGAAAAAUUGAGGGAAAUUUUCAAUGGCAAUAAAAGUCACUGGACGGAGUUUUUAUAUCUGCCAGCUAUACGCAAAGAACAACGUCAACAGGCUGAUCAAUGGGCACAUAGAUGUUUUCGCUCAAAAUUAAUUAGAUCCACACGUACACCCAUAGUUUCGAAAAUAAAACCAACGCCUAUGGAACGUAUAAAAACGCAUUUAUGUUCAUAUGAUCGAUAUUUACCGCCGCCAAUAUACGUGAAACCCCAAUUAAAUUUACCAAAUGAAUUGACUAAGUCAACUUUAAAUGAGCUCAAAGAUAAAUUGAAAAUAUUAACUGCCACAGCCAGAAAAUUUUAUAUCAAAACUUCCGAACUAAGUGCUAUUAGUCGCAGUUAUAUGGAAGAAAUUAUACGACUUUAUAAAAUGAUAACCUAUGAAGAGAUGAAAGUUAAAAAUUGCAAUUAUUGGGUAUAUAAUCACAAAUGUCGUAAGCCUGCCAGAAUAAUCACACAAUUGCAACGCAUACAUAAAGACGAACGAGUGCAACAAAAUGUUGAUAAUUGUCGUAGACGUCACGAGACAAUUAUUAAUGAAAUGUUAAAUGAAAAUGUUGAUAAAUUUGCUCAACAUGUCGUUCAGAUUGGACAAACUAUAAGACUUUUACUAAUGCGUCAAGAAUGCGAAGAGACAAAGUCUGAUUCUGCUUUAGCUGAACUAAAGAAUGAAACGGGUAUAAAAUUUUAUUAUUAUAUCGUUGAUAAUAUGAACGAGAUGACCAUAAAUUUUAACGCUACAAAUAAAUUUUAUAGCGAACUAUUAACUGAUUUAGCGAUUUUGAUACAAGAGAAUCAAGAAAAACAAGGAUUAACUAUUUUGGAAUUAUCAAUAAAACGUACGGAUCUUUUAAAGCAAUUAUCUGUCGCAUUGGUACCAUGCCGGACCCGACCCACAUUCUUUAUAAAUAUGUACAAAUAUCUAAUUGAUUCGCAUCUUAGACAAUGCGAUCCGAAUACUUUGUUUGUAUUAUUCUCGAAGUUCGAUUUAAUUUCAUGGUUUGAAGAUUAUCGUCCAAAGCUACAUGAUAUAAGCCAGUUAUUACAAUUGAUUUUACAAGGUUUAGAAUCAUGGUCACAACCUGGCUCUAAUAUUUUACAAGAUCAAUUUAGACGGCAUUUAGUUCAUAUAUUUAAUUACGAUUUCCCCGAGCAUUACGGUGAAGUUAUGCAAUUGGUUUUAGAUCAUAUUUCUGAGCAAAGACUUUUGCCUGACGUAUUUUUGGAUCUUUUAAAUUCAUUGCUAUUGAAUUGUAAUUGUGAACAAUUACAAUUAACUUGUUCCAGUCAUAAAGUGCAGGGUGUAUCGGCACAAUUUGCCAGACAGCAAAAUCUUUUCAAUUUAAAAGCAAUUACCGAUACGAUAUUAUUAUUUGCUCGUCACUUUGAGAAAGAGCGAUUACAUCACGGUCUUCAUGGCUUAUAUCCGAAACAUCAAAAUUAUUGUACGGUCAUAGCUAUGUGGUUUAGCUGUUUCGGUCAUUCCGUCGUAAUAAAAGCUAUUUGCACGUAUCAGGAAUUACUAGCCGAUCAAAUUUGUGAUAUAGUUUUCGGUUCGAUAAUUGAAAUGUAUGCACCGUGGCUUAUCACUUACACUGAACAAACGAUGCCAUAUCAAACUUCAAAUUGGAUACGUCAAUUGGCCGAUACUGGCCAUGGGAAAAUAUUAUUUCCCUGGAGCAAACAGCAUGCGAAAACUAGUAAAAUUAUUGUGACGCCAUUCAUUAAUACUUUAAUUUUCAUUUUGGAAAAUUUACCAAUUUCAAAUCAAAUUUUGUCUCAUACAUUUGGAUGGUAUAUACAUCAUUUUGCCGUCACUCGUAUUGAAAAUUAUAUUUAUGAGCCUAUACAUGAGGGUAUUGCGCAACUAUCAUGGGAGCAUUUCACACCUCAUGUGGAUAAUAUAGAAAUGUUUUAUAACUGCGUACAAAAGUUUAUUCCUGAUUGCCACGCCAUGUUAGGACAUAUUUUCAUCCGAAUUAAUUGGGUAAAUUGGUUUGCUGAUACCUUUCCUACGAUCCCAGCAACAUUGAAAAUCUCGACUAUAUCGCGUUUAUUAACGAUAUUUGUAAAAAUUGCAUUUGAACCGAAUAUACAUAUGCAUGUGAAUACUAGUAAGAUUUUAGAAGAUGCCGUCAAUUAUCCCUGGCAUAUGGUGGACUUUGCUGAAUUUGAAAACCUGCUAAAGUGGUGCGUACAGACCGUUGAACCAACUAUCAUUUUAAAAAUACCUGAAGAAUCAAAUUAUGUUGAUCGAGCGGUAUUAGAAUUAUUGCGUGAAAGUUGUAUAAUGAAGUCGCAAGAUAACCAAACUGAACAAUUAACGCAUGCGAUGGCUAAACGUAUUUUAUAUACCCGCUCUAUGAUAUGUUUACAACGAGCCUGCGUAGCCAAAAAUCCAAAAUUGUUAACCAGUAAAAAUGGACGGAAAAUUUUCAUAGCUGCGUUUGAUGAUUUACUUCGAACCUUAGAAGAGAUGGCUAUUGUUCACGCAGCGGGGAAAAGCCCGGAAGAAAUAAAACGUCAUGCUGGCAAUCUAAUGUUGGAAAUUGUAUUACCCAUGCAAACUCAAAGCGAAGAGACAUCAAAUUUACAUAUUGAAUGUAUGAGAAUGUGGAUGGAAAGCUCUACAUCACCCGGCAAUGUUUUAAUGUUGAGCAUAUUAAAUGCUGUCGGACAUAUGAAAGCUUUUAUAUCGGGCAUAUACAGCUUGCUAGAAUGCUCUAUUGGUUAUUAUUUUCGUUCAUCAGAAGAAAGUCUCGAAUGGCAUAUACCGACGUGGUUAAAUCUUUUAAAGAUUUUAAGCAUGACAUUGGAUAAACUUGAACUUAUGCCUAUUAUGCAUAAUUCAUGUUUUUUCGUCUUACAUAUAUUUAUUUUGCAUAAAAUGGAAAAACUGCCUAACGUUGGUGCUCAAAUUACUUUCCUGCAAGAUCUAAGUCAACUAAUCGAGAAUCUAAAGACAGAACCCGAUUCGGAACCUGCCAGGGCCAUCGUAUGGGGUGCAAUGAUAUCGUGGGGUUGUAAGAUAAUUUUGAAAGAACCACAAAAUGUGAAAAAAUCCUUAUAUAUGCUGGCAAAGCAUUUGCAAAUUAUAUCGACACAAGCCGAAAGCUGGGGUGAUAGUUUAUUGGGCGCCGUCGGCCUUAAAAAAGAAGUUAUAACAACAAAACGUAAAGUUUUGACUCGUUGCCUGGCUAUCGUUAUAUUUGCCUUGUUUCCUUUGCAAAGUGGUUCUUCCAAGAGUUUAUUGCGUAAAGCAAAUGAUGAAUAUCAUUCCAGUUUACGUGAGCUAUCCAUGUUAUUAGCGAAUAAGAAAUUUAUCGAAGUCAAGCCCCUAAUUGUUCAGAGUAUUGGAAUCUUAAAAGAAAAUCCUGUGCCGAACUUGGAGGAUAUACCCCAUUUAGUAUGUCGCCUUAUAGGAUUAUUUUACAAAUGCAAUUUUCUUACGACUCUACCAGAAGUGUGGCUAUUGGAUUUUCAAUUCAAUACUUAGGAUAGGUUAAAAAUUUUAUAUUUUAUAUUUUA